AUGUCUUCCAGUCCAGUCUACAGCUUCAAGCUCAUUGCCCCUGUCUACCGACAGGCCCUCGACAUCCCUCACCGUCAAGUUGAGAGUUUCAACCACGGUCCACGAGGAGAUCGAGAUCCUUCCGCGCAGGAUCACCGCCGAUCUCGCCCGCUACCACGUCAAUCAGUCAAAGCUUAUCAAGCUCGCCCGCUGCAACUCGAUCACCAAGAUGGAACGCUUUCAGCGAGCUUCGAGACUCGCCAGAAGCAACACUGCAUCCGAGAGAGCGGUUUUACUGAGCUCGCCAUGUAA